GGGUCGGGGCGGCUCGCGACCAUGGCGGACCGGCUCACGCAGCUGCAGGACGCGGUGAACUCGCUCGCGGAUCAGUUCUGUAACGCCAUCGGCGUCUUGCAGCAGUGCGGGCCACCGGCCUCUUUCAGCAACAUCCAGACGGCAAUCAACAAAGACCAGCCCGCGAAUCCCACGGAAGAGUACGCCCAGCUUUUCGCGGCUCUCAUCGCCCGAACAGCCAAAGACAUCGAUGUCCUGAUAGACUCUCUGCCCAGCGAAGAGUCCACGGCCGCCCUGCAGGCCGCCAGCCUGUACAAGCUGGAGGAGGAGAACCACGAGGCGGCCACGUGCCAGGAGGAUGCCGUGUACCGCGGGGACCUGCUGCUUGAGAAGAUCCAGGGUGCGCUGGCCGACAUCGCCCAGUCCCAGCUGAGGACGCGCAGCGGCGCCCACAACCCGCCCCUCGCCGAGUCCUAGUGCCCGGGGUGCCCGCGUGACAAUAUCCACCAUCUGCUCCGUCCCAGUGUCUGGCGUCACUCUGGAUGCAGAAGCCGGGGAGGCUGCGUGAGCGUCCCCGACUCUCGCCUCCUUUUCCUCACUGGAUGGACUUCCUGAGACAGAGACUGUGCAGAGGGGCGUG